UCCGAAUCUAGAGAGAGAGACAAUGAGGAGCCACGCAAUACCCGUUCCCUUGCAGGUGCUGACAACACUUGGUUUCCUGGCAACUGGUUCUUUCCAAAGGGAACUGGCAGACCGCUCAGGAAUAAGCCAGUCGUCUUUGAGCCGGGCAAUGCCAGUGGUAUGGGACGGGAUCAUCCGCAUGUCUGCCAGGUAUAUCAGGUUCCCAUAUGAUGCAUUUGACCAGCCAAACAUUAAAAUGCAAUUUGCAGCGAUAGCCGGUUUUCCUAAUGUUAUCGGAGCGAUCGACUGCACACACAUUGCUAUAAAGGCGCCAUCUGAAGAAGAAUUUGCAUAUGUGAAUCGGAAACAUUUCCAUUCAAUAAAUGUGCAGAUAAUAUGUGAUGCACAAAUGCGCCUAACAAAUAUUGUGGCAAGGUGGCCUGGGUCAACCCAUGAUUCAUACAUCCUUACAAACAGCAUGGUUGGGAUGAGGCUCCAAGCUGGCAGGGUGCGUGAUGGGUGGCUUCUUGGAGACCGCGGUUAUCCACUAAAGACGUGGCUUUUAACCCCCCUCACCAACCCACAAACUGACCGAGAGCGCAGAUACAAUAAUGCCCAUUCUCGCACUCGUUCAGUUGUAGAGCGGGCGAUUGGGCAGCUGAAAUGUCGGUGGCGCUGCCUUGACAGGACUGGGGGGAUGUUGUUAUACCGCCCUGACAAGGUGUGCCGCAUUGUGCUGGCCUGUGGUGUGCUGCACAAUGUCGCGCAUAGGCAUGGCAUACCACUUGGUGAGGUGGCAGCACCGCCAGAUGACCCCGACCCAGGACCAAUUUAUGUGCAGCCCAACCAACAAGCCGUUCAUGCCCGCCAACAUGUGAUUGCGACAAUAUAAAUGGUAAUCAGAGACAAAAGUUCACUUUUUGACCAAUUCCUUUAAUGAGUGGCUUAUGUCUGUGAGUGCGUCAGUGAUAUUUUUCAGGUGACUGUUAAUUUCCCCGAUGGCCAUAAUGAUUUGCUGUUGUGACUCCAAAACAGCAUGUGUCAAGACGCGACCAGACGGACGGGCGUCAGCACUGGGGAGAGCACUGGAAACGCUGGGCACAGUGGGCGCUGGCUGCUCAGGAGGGGCGGACUCCGAGUGCCCCUCCUGGGAAGUGGAUGUUUCGGCUGUUGCGCCAUAUGGGUCUAAAUAAAAAGGCAAAUGUUAACUGUAAUUUAAGUACGUUCCAUUUUUAAGGGGCACACACAUUUGCAAUAAAUGAAAUG